GUCCGUCCCGUCGCACGUCUUGCGUCAUCACUGUGCGACCUGUGUUGACAGGGAGCAAGCAUGGGUGACGUCGGUGUGUGUAAAAGUUAGUGUUUCAGACUAGUGUCCUGAAACUUUGGGGGAAUGUCCAUGGAUUUGACCUUCCUGGGAACCGGGUCGGCUUACCCGUCUCCACACCGCGGCGCCUCGGCCGCAGUGCUGCGGACGAAUGGAGAGUGUUGGCUGUUUGACUGCGGGGAGGGAACCCAGACCCAGCUGAUGAAGAGCCAGCUCAGAGCCGGGCGCAUCACUAAGGUUUUCAUCUCCCACCUGCAUGGAGAUCACCUGUUCGGUUUGCCUGGUCUCCUCUGCACUGUGAGCCUCAACAUCAGCCCAGACGUCCAGCAGAGCCUGAAAUGUGUGGACAUCUACGGGCCCCGGGGCCUCAGGAAGUUUCUCAGGGUGACCCUUGGCCUCACGGGAUCCCAGCUGCUCUUCCCAUACGCAGUUCAUGAGCUGGAGCCCACUUCAGACCAGUGUCCAGAAGAGGGACAGCUCAGCCUGGAGAUGACUGAAGAGAGCGGUCCUCCCCAUCCACAGGAGCAGCCUGGCAGGACGAUCUCCCUGGACGUCUCCAGUGACUGUUACCUCCUUUUCCAAGACAGCAAAUUUGUCGUCAAGGCCUUCAGGCUGUUUCACCGCAUCCCUUCCUUUGGCUUCUGCAUCCAGGAGCACGAUCGUCCCGGAAGACUGAAAACGGAGCGACUGAAGGAGCUUGGUCUUAAACCCGGACCUCUGUAUGGCCGUCUUAAAGCCGGCGAGUCUGUGGUUCUUGAAAGCGGGCGCGUGCUGCAUCCCACUGAGGUUCUGGAAGCAGAUAUCCCUGGGAGAAAAGUCUGUGUGUUCGGUGACUGUAGCUCGGUUCUUGGUGAAGGAGCGUUCCGGCUGUGCGACGGGGCGGACGUCCUGGUUCACGAGGCCACCCUUGGGGAUGAGCACCGGGAGAAGGCCGUGGAGCACGGACACAGCACGCCCGAGAUGGCAGCGGCCGUGGCUCGGACCUGCUGUGCACAGAGGCUGGUCCUGUACCACUUCAGUCAGCGCUACAAACCCGGUUCCCUGCUGAAGGAGGGAGACGAGGACAAUGUCUCUGAGCUCAAGAACCAGGCUGAGCAGGCGUUACAGGGCCGUGGUGUAGAGGUGACGCUGGCGGAGGACUUUAUGACUAUUCCCAUUCCUCUCAAGAGACAACCAACCAGUUAAGAUAUGAGGUGAUUUAAGUGGACAUGAUUAAGUUAGUGUUUGUAAUUUAGGUUUCAGAAGUACUUAUCAUUGACCUUUAUUAUCUAUGAGCCAAAAUGUUAUCCACAGAUGUACAUAUACCCAUACUGAAAAUUAUAGUUUUUUUUUUAAUUGUUCUUCAGUUAAAAAAGAUUCAUUGUUCAAGUUUAUUAAGUGAGCACACCUCAUCACUAAGUUUUCUCACAUCAUUCGUUGUCACCAGAAAUGCAUCGAUCAGAGAUUUAUAGCCAAAUUCAGAUUUUUUUUAUUAUUUUUUUUGGUAAUACUUUCAAUAUCUUAGCUGAUUUGGAUUCUCUUAAAGAGCUGUAAUUUACAAUUCCAAAUAUUUUUGCAACUUUCCUGCUCUGAGUGCCCCAUACUUAUUUGUUUUAGCAGGAGCGGCCACUUAAGUGUGU